CGGAAAGUGUCAUCAGCAGGGUAAUAUAUGGAGUUCCAGCUCCUUCGACCCUGCAAAGUGGAGACGGAAGGAAACUCCCUUUCUCCGUAAUUGGAUUGCCGACUCGAGAUCAAGUUGCAAGAUUUCCUCUACAAAGAGCACUGAAAUUGCACAUACGUAAAGUUGAUAAACUCAAAUUGAAUGUACAUUUUGCUUCGUGAAAGUUUUGUGUGACUUGUCUGCCCAUCUAUGUAUAAGUGGAAAAUAGUGGGUCUGACUCAAUGUUUAAUUUGGUGACAGUCCAGAAACAGCUAAUGGGUUUUUAAAGUUAAAGUUUGUGUGUGUGGAGCAAAUGCUUGAUUGCGCAUCAUUAUCAUGUGCGACUCGAGUAAUAAUUUUACUCUCUGACUACUCACAGUUUUCUCAAAUCUUCGUUGUUCUUUGCCCCACUUGCUACAAAAAAAUAAGAUUCGAGACGAUCCGAUCAGACCGGGAUGAAUGAUUGAAUAAUCAAAUUUGUCUGAGUACGGAUCUGCUCCAUUCGCAACAUAAAUGUCUCACAAUGAACCAAAUUAAGCUGUACAAACAAGUGUAAAUGAUGCAAUUCGAGACGAGGAGUCAUUUGGCAUAGAUCACGACGCUCACUUGGUCGGAUGGAAUUUCUUGGCGACAAAAGUGACGAAUCCGAGAUUGCCGAAUUCACACCACUCACUCGACGAAACAUUUAGUGUUCACUUCGCGAGAAGGAGAAUGCGUUGGACGGACAGAGCAUUAUUAUCGGAUUACCAGUUCCACGAAUUGGAUGCCCUCUCCACGAAACAGAUAGUGCUUCAAAGGUCAUAAACUUCUUUGAUGAACACCAAUUUUAAGAAGAAGGGCAAUGCAUACUUAAAACUAUUUAUGAGGCAAGCCGCUUAAUUCCCACGAGGAUUUAGAUGUAAAGCUUCAGGAAUAUCAUUUCCAGAGGAAAAUGUGUCGUGGUCAGACGAAUUCAGGAUGCAUGAACUUCUUCUGUGUGGCUGAGUCUCGUAUAAAUUGCAUGGUGUUGGUUUUCCCUUCGUGCCGUUGUUGCGUUGGCCCAUCUUCUUCCCACUGACUAGUUUGGCAUGCUCGCUGGUUAGUGCUGAAUAAUAAACCACGACUCCAAUGUUGAUGCUGCACGGUCAUAACCCUUUGGUUAGCUCGUGCAGUGUGGGUUUCGAAAGAGCGGAUCUCGCAAAGCGUCGCGUAUCAGAAGAACCCUCCGUGCUGCAUACAUUACACGCUGCACUCGUGAAACCAUGAGCGUGUGGCUGUCUGUGCUUAUACACAAAUGUGCUGCUGUUGCUCCUCUUCUGCAAAAGAGCUCAACAACUUUGCAUCGAAUGGCAUCACAAUCGCGGAACACAAUCAGUUGGUUUUAGACGCUCCUCGGUCUCCAUUUGAAACGGUGCAGUGGAGGAGAGCGUUGUCAGUCAGUGCAGCCUGCUUCGCUCCGUUGGUUCCGCUUUUCAGGAAUUUUGCUUCCUUUUCCUGCCCACCAAAAAGUACGACACUGCUCCUCCUGCUCCCAACUCGGCCCUUUCUCGCGCAAUGAGACCACGCCACGUAAUGAUAAUUUUCAUAAGUGGACCUCCUCACGAAUUUGUGAUUCUACAUUCUGCUCUUGAAAUUGGUUGAUUCCAGAGAGCAGUAAGAUCCACAAUUUUUGUGGUGUAAUUUAAAAAAAACUUGCGGUUUCUGGUCAUGGGUUUAAAACCAUGUUUCUGCAUGUUUGGCUACAGCGGGUGAUGAGUGGAAUUUUGCAUCUUACUCUCGCCGGUGUGGAUCCGUGACAUUGUCUCCCGUGCAUUAGACACUUCCACUCGUGUGGUUUUUAUCGUUCUACGCAAAUGCUCACAACCUCGGGCGUAUGAGAAUAAUUCGUUCAUUCAUCGUCCAUCCGUCUGAAGGAGAUCAAAAAGUGGAGGCAUUCGAAAAAUGUAAAUCCUUCUCACUUUUUCGUAUGUGUUAACUUGUGAAGUUACUCAACUGGUGAUACGGAAGAGCUGAAGCCCUGACCGGUGCUCAACGUGUUUUUGGUUUGUUACAAGACGAUGGUUUUUGGAAGUUCCCGAAAAGACAGACGUGCUCUCCUCGAGUCCUUCGAAAUGGAUUUGAACGGGAAACAGAAAGCGUUGGAUGUGGAGCAAGACAAUGCUGCCUUCGAGACCGUGCGGAAUCACAUCGCGUCGCUCAACCAGCAAAACACAGAUCUCAUUUUCCUCAAGUCGCUUAUCGAGUCGCCCAUUGUUUCCAAUUUAGUUAAGGUGCAGGACCAACUGGAGGAGGAUCUCGCCCCAGUUGGCAGUGGAAAUGUCCCAUUGACGCAAGAAAUUUGUCAGAGAUACGAUCGCUCCUUCCGCCAAGAAGCCAAAGAACUCUCCGAUAUUCUCAGAGACAGAAAUUUCAAAGCGCUGCUUGAAGCUCACGACAAAAUAGCGGACAAGUUGGGUCCACAGGAAGGGACAAGUCGCAGCCUAACCGAAGCAGCCCCGUGGGAAGAAAUCCGACCGGCUGGGUCCAUUCUCAAGCCCACCAAGGACAAGUCCAACAUGAGCGUGGACAGUGAGGACAGCAACGUCCAGUAUGCUCAACCAAUUAGAAUCAUCAGCCUGCGAAAGUCUCCGAGCCAACCUUUGGGAGUGACGGUGGAGGAAGACAAGGAUACAAAAAACCUCGUCGUAGCCCGAAUUCUAAGUGGAGGCUUGAUUGAUCGCUUGGGACUGCUAAAACUUGGUGACGUGAUUCUCGAAGUGAAUUCCAAGCCAGUCAUAUCCCCAGAAGGACUACAAGCGGAAAUUGCCAAAGCUCGUGAUAACCUCCAGCUUAAAGUGGGGUCCCCAACUCAGGACAAGACAGUUCUUAGUGGAAGACAGGUACUGGCCAAAAAUAGGGCUAAAAGAUCUACAAGUUGCGAUACAAUUUAUCAGCUAAAAGUCGAAAAGCCAAAGAGAAAGCUCGUUACUUCGUCCACAACCACAUUUUUACAAGGUCAAAAAACAAUUUGCUUCAUGAGAGCCUUAUUCACGUACAAUCCUGCCCUGGACACACUGCAACCAUGCAAAGAGAUUGGACUUGGAUUUCAAACCGGGGACAUUCUCCAGAUCGUGGACCAGUCAGAUCCGAAUUGGUGGCAGUCAAAGAAGGUGGGUGAAAACGUCGUUGGCCUGAUCCCAUCACGGGAGUUGGAAGAGCGUCGUGCAGCGUUUGUUCCUCCGGAGGCCGAUAUCUCGCACACCAUAGGGAUUUGUGGGACUAGAGUGGCCCGAAAGAAGAAAAAUAUUGCCUACACUGCCAAGCAAAAUGCUGAAUUUGAUCGUGCUGAGUUGAUGCUGUACGAGGAGGUCACGAGAAUGCCGCCCUUCAGGAGGAAAACUUUGGUAAUCGUUGGAACCUCUGGCGUUGCAAGGAGAACGCUGAAAAAUCGGUUGGUUAACUGGGAUCCCCACCGAUUUGGAGCAGUCUUACCGACCACGUCGAGACCACCGCGAGAGGGCGAGGAACAAAUGGGAACCUACAACUUUUUGUCCAGGGAGGAAUUUGAGGAAGGAAUUCGAACCAAUAAAUAUCUCGAGUUUGCAGAAAAGGAUGGAAAUCUGUAUGGAAUCAAUGCUGACAGUGUUCGGGAGAUCAUACGACAGGGGAAAAUGUGCAUCAUUGACUGCAAUCCGACGGUUCUGAAGAUUCUACACAAUUCUCCAGAGUUUAUGCCGUACGUUGUCUUUCUGGCUGCCCGAGGGGGUGGCGAUAUUCAGCAGCAGGAUGCCUUCAACCGUCAGCACGGCUACUCGUCUCGAACGCUUAAUUUUGACAGGAUGAGUUCCAUACGAUACAGCUCGAGGCGUGCCAGGACUUUGGAGUCCAUCGCUUCACUUUAUGAAGACGACGAUGCUCGCAACUCGGUGGAAGAAAGUCAGCGUCUUCAGCAGCUAUACGCUCCAUACUAUGACUUGGUAGUCGUCAAUGAAGAUUUCGACACUACGUUCCGACGAGUUGCUCAAAGUCUGGACUCGCUUUCCACGGAUCAUCAAUGGGUUCCCGUCACGUGGGUCUACUGAUUUCUAAUGUGAUUCAAGAACAAAAAAUACCAACAACCAAAACUCCUUCUACAAGCUUCUGUUGAAUUUGAAAAUUACAGAAACUUCAAAUCUUCAUCUUUCAAGAAAAUUAUUUUAUUUGUUAUUUCUACUGUUUUUCUAGUGGUCGAAUUUUUGAAUAUUCAGAGUUAAUCUACAUAUGUGAAUGAUAAUCGGUUUCUGAGCUGGUCUGAAAAUUAUGUAGGUACAGAUUCCUGACACCUCACGAGGUUGAGUUUGUAAAUAAUAUUUUACAAGAGUUCAUCUUAUGUGUGCAUACGCACGAUUUUUUUUAUUGGUUAAUGAGUUACUGACAAUACAGUUGUGUUUGACGGCCUAGCUUUAAUUUUCAACAACUUGACAUUUUUACAGAAAAAGGGUUAAAAAUGAUAGUGUUUAUAUAAUAUAUGUGUACUUGUGUAUGUACAUAGCUUACAUUCCACUCAUCUAAUUUUCUAGAAACCUCAUGAAUGUGCAUCUCUUUACCCACCAUGACGUACUGCGACGACCCUCAGUAAUGAGUUCUCACUUCAAAAGAGAAAUUAAAUCAAGUUCUGACAUAGA